AUGUCGCGGUUGGACGGUAUGAGCGCUCUUACUGCAGCGAUUCUUGCCAUCGCAGCUGCCGUAGCAGUUGCCCAAGCCGGUCUCAUCGACUACCACCCCACCUCCGUAGCCCACGUAGCUCCCCUAUCGAUCGCCCACUCGGCUCCCCUCUCCCACGGCUAUGCCUCCCACGUGGAAGACUUCGACGCCCACCCCAAAUACGAAUUCAACUACGGAGUCCAAGAUGCCCACACCGGUGACCAGAAAUCCCAGCACGAACAGCGCGAUGGUGACGUAGUCAAGGGCUUCUACACCGUAGCUGAACCCGAUGGUACCCUCCGUACCGUCCACUACACCGCUGAUGACCAAAACGGGUUCAACGCAGUGGUAGAGAAGCAAGGAACUCCAGUCUACCCAGCUCCAGCUGCACACGCCGGCCCAGUGCACAAUGUACACUCUGCCCCUGCUUACAAUGUACACUCUGCCCCAGCUUACAAUGUACACUCUGCCCCAGCAUACAAUGUACACUCUGCCCCAGCUUACAAUGUACACUCUGCCCCAGCUUACAAUGUACACUCUGCCCCAGCUUACAAUGUUCACGCUGCUCCAGCCUACAAUGUACACUCUGCCCCAGCUUACAAUGUACACGCUGCUCCAGCCUACAAUGUACAUGCUGCUCCAGUCCACAAAGUGCUAGCUGCUCCAGUCCAUAAUGCGUAUUACCAUUAG